GCUUGCACUGCAGUGACACCAUUGUUUAUAACUAUCGCAUUGAUAGAAUGUGUCAGAAGAGAUAAGACCAGAUACGUAUCGCAACGGGCAAGGACAACAGAUGGACGCACAAGUUUUAUUUGGCGUAGUUUUGAUAGCCGCAGGAUUCAUAGCCGAUGUUCAUGGCUUGAGCUGCUACAUCUGCGAACGCCAGGAAACCUACGAAGGUUGUACAGCUCAUAUCACCACCUGCGCGGAUGACCAGGAAUGUUUCAUGGAUGAAUUGGUCACCGCUACCAACGUUUACUACUCUGCUGGAUGCAGAUCUAAAGGGAUCUGUCUGGCAUCCGGUACUGGGGUCGGGAAAAGAACUGUUGCCAAGAGACAGGACAUUGAAUUGCGCUCGUGUUCUCGGUGCUGCAGCUCAAGCAACUUCUGUAACGGGCUUCUCUGUGGGAUCAACAGCGGAGUAAACAACACGGGUUAUCAAAGAUGCUACUACUGUGAGAAUACACAUGACCAGAACGAUUGUAACAACAUCGUGACCUGCGAUCAGGAUCAGGUGUGUGGCACCCAUGUCGGCAUAGCCCCUGGCGGUAGAUUUGUGUUUAAUUACAACUGCCAACCCAAACGGCAAUGUGUUGCUGCAACGCAAUUCAUCGUAGAACACUACCGCGAUCAACUAAUACAGGCCACUGUAGGGAAACGGACUACGGCGAGUUGCAACAUCUGCUGCGGCGACACACUAUGCAACUUCGGAAGCUGCACAGAGCAAGCGCGAAAGAUGGCUCUCUUGUUAAAUAAUCAAACCUUUGAUCUCAGCACGUUGACACGGAUUCCUUAAUUAAAAAGCAGCGCUUUGUCAGAGGUGUGAACUAAUUAAAAAUGUACAGGUC